GGCCCGCACUGCAGCGCCAGCGCGCGAGCGGGCGGCUGAGGACUCAGAACCGGGCCCGAGCGCCGACCGGGCGUCGCGCAGGGAGACAGGCCGCCGCCGCCGCCGGAUCCCGCCCUGCGCCCAGCCAUGCCGUCCGCGGGCCCUGCCUGAGCCACGGCCACCGGGGCCGGGCGGGCUCUGGGCCGGGCCGGGGCCAUGCUUGCGCUGCCCUGACGAUGCCGCCCGCCGCGCCCGCCCGCCUGGCGCUCGCCCUGGGCCUGGGCCUGUGGCUCGGGGCGCUGGCGGGGGUCCCCGGGCGCGGCUGCGGACCGUGCGCACCCCCAUGCCUCUGCGGCCCGGCGCAUGGCGCCGCCUGCCGCGUCAACUGCUCCGGCCGCGGACUGCGGACUCUCGGGCCCGCGCUGCGCAUCCCCGCGGACGCCACCGUGCUAGACAUCUCCCACAACCUGCUCCAGGCACUGGACAGCGGGUUCCUGGCGAACCUCUCAGCGCUGACAGAGCUGGACAUAAGCGACAACAAGAUUUCUACAUUAGAAGAAGGAAUAUUUGCUAAUUUAUUUAAUUUAAGUGAAAUAAACCUGAGCGGUAACCCACUGGAGUGUGACUGUGGUCUGGCCUGGCUGCCGCGCUGGGCGGAGGAGCAGCAGGUUCGCGUGGUGCGGCCUGAGGCGGCCACGUGUGCUGGGCCUGGCCCCCUGGCUGGCCGGCCCCUCCUCAGCGUCCCUCUGCUGGACAGUGGCUGUGGUGAGGAGUACAUCGCCUGUGUCCCUGACGACAGCUCGGGCGCCGUGGUGCUGCUGGCCUUCUCAGCUGCCCAUGAGGGCCCGCUGGCAACUGAGGCCUGCAGCGCCUUCUGCUUCGUGGCUGGCCAGGACCUCGCAGCCCUCUCCGAGCAGGGCCGGUGCCUGUGCGGGGCGGCCCAGCCCCCCAAUGUCUCUUCUGCCUGCCUGCCCUUCUGCUCCAGCCCCCUGCUGCCCCCCACCCCCACCUGUGGGGGCCCCACCCUUCUCCAGAACAUCUUCCCUGCCUCCCCAGGGGCUGCCCUGGUGGGGCCCCGAGGACCCCUGGCCUCUGGUCAGCCAGCAGCCUUCCAUGUGUCUGCCCCACUGCCUGUUAGCUCCACCCACUGGGACUUUGGCGAUGGCUCCCCUGAGGUGGAUGUUGCUGGCCAGGAGGCUACUCACUGCUACAUGCUGCCUGGGCACUAUCACGUGACAGCUGUGCUGGCCCUGGGGGAUGGCUCUGCUCGGUUGGGGGCAGAGGUACAGGUGGAGGCCGCUCCCGCAGCCCUGGAGCUCAUCUGUCUGGCCUCGGUGCGCCGUGACGAGACCCUGCAGCUCGGGGUCCGAAACCGAGGCGGCUCCAGCCUCCAGGCUGCCUACAGCAUCGUAGCCCUGGGAGAGGAGCCAGCCCAAGUGGUGCAUCCGCUCUGCCCCUCGGACACUGAGAUCUUCCCUGGUAAUGGGCACUGCUACCGCCUGGUGGCAGAGAAGGCAGCCUGGCUGCAGGCGCAGGAGCGGUGCCGGGCCUGGGCUGGGGCUGCCCUGGCCAUGGUGGACAGUCCUGCUGUCCAGCACUUCCUGGUCUCCCGUGUCACCAGGAGCCUGGACGUGUGGAUCGGCUUCUCUGCUGUGGAGGGAGCCGAGGUGGGCCCAGCACCGCAGGGCGAGGCCUUCAGCCUGGAAAGCUGCCAGAACUGGCUGCCGGGGGAGCCACACCCCGCCACGGCUGAGCGCUGUGUGAGGCUUGGGCCUGCUGGGCAGUGCAACACGGACCUGUGCUCGGUGCCGCACAGCUAUGUCUGUGAGCUGCAGCCUGGAGGCCCCGUGCGGGAUGCAGAGAACUUCCUCGUGGGAGCACUCAGGGGGGACCUGCAGGGGCCCCUGAGCCCCCUGGCACAGCAGGAGGCCCUCUCAGCCCCCCGGGAGCCCGUCGAGGUGAUGGUGUUCCCUGGCCUGAGCCUGAGCCGUGAAGCCUUCCUCACUUCUGCUGAGUUUGGGACCCAGGAUCUCAGCCAGCCCGCCCAGCUGCGGCUGCAGGUGUACCGGCCCAUGGAAGGAGCAGGGGCCCCAGAAAACAUCAGUGAUCCCCAGAGUAGGUCCCUGGAGAACAGGACUGAGCCAGCCCCCUCAUGUACACCGGAAGGACACCAGUGCCCCAGAUCCAACAUCUGUCUGCCACUGGAUGCCCCCUGCCACCUCCAGGCCUGUGCCAAUGGGUCCACAUCAGGGCUGGGGCUCCCUGAUGUCUCCUAUGCACUGUGGAAAGAGUUCCUCUUCUCCGUGCCUGCAGGUCCCCCCACCCAGUACUCGGUCACCUUCCAUGGCCAAGACAGCCCCCUGCUCCCUGGUGACCUCAUCAGCUUGCAGCAUGAUGCUGGACCAGGCACCUUCCUGCACUGCCCCCCGGCACUCGGCCACCCUGGCCCCGAGGUCCCAUACUUCUUCACCAACGUCUCAGCCUGGCUGGCCCACCUGCCUGCCCAGCUAGAGGUGGCCCCGACUGGCCCUGCUUGUGCCCUGCGGCUGCUUGCUGCCACAGAGCAGCUCACCCCUCUGCUAGGCCUGAGCCCCAACCCGGGGCUGCAGCAGCCCGGGCACUAUGAGGUCAGGGCCACAGUGGGCAACCACGUGUCCAGGCAGAACCUGUCCUGCAGCUUUGAUGUGCUUUCCCCAGUGGCUGGGCUUCGGGUCAUCUACCCGACCCCCGACGACAGCCGCAUCUUCGUGCCCACCAAUGGCUCGCUCAUGGUGCUCCAGGUGGACUCUGGUGCCAAUGCCACGGCUACAGUACGCUGGCCAGGGGGCAAUGUCAGCGCACCCUUUGAGGCCACUUGCCCUACCACGGUGGCUGCCCUGGUGCCUGGCUGUACCCACGAGGCCAACGCCACCCUAUUCUCGGUGCUGGAGUUGCCCAGGCUCAGUGAGGGUGAACAUGAGGUGGACAUUGUGGUGGAGAACGGUGCUGGCCGAGCCGACCUCAGCCUGCAGGUGAAGGCUGAGGAGCCCAUCCGUGGCCUCCGCGCCAUGCCCAGCCCUGAGGCCCGCGUGCUGCAGGGUGUCUUGGUGAGGUACAGCCCCGUGGUGGAGGCUGGCUCAGACGUGGUCUUCCGCUGGACCAUUGAUGACAAGCAGUCCCUGACCUUUCACAACGUGGUCUUCAAUGUCAUCUACCAGAGCGCCGCCAUCUUCAAGCUCUCGCUGACAGCCUCUAACCAUGUGAGCAAUGUCACUGUGAACUACAACGUCACUGUGGAGCGGAUGCACAGGAUGCGGGGCCUGCGGGUAUCUGUGCUGCCACUUGUGCUGCCCCCCAAUGGCACGCUGGCACUGGCGGCCCACGUGCUGGUGGACUCGGCUGUGGAGGUGGCCUUCCUGUGGACCUUCGGGGAUGGGGAGCAGGUGAUCGGCCAGUUCAAGCCUCCAUACAACGAGUCCUUCCAGGUCCCAGACCCUACAGUGGCCCAGGUGCUGGUGGAGCACAAUACAACACACACCUACACCGUCCCAGGUGAAUACAACCUGACCCUGCUUGUGUCUAAUGCCUUCGAGAACCUGACGCAGAAGGUGCUUGUGAGUGUGCGUGCCACCCUGCCUGCCUUGGCCGUGGCCAUGGGUAGUCAUGUCCUGGUGGCUGGCCAGCCUGUUACCUUCUUCCCACACCCACUGCCCUCCCCCGAGGGCGUCCUGUAUACAUGGGACUUCGGGGACGGUUCCCCAGCUGUGACACAGCCCCAGCCAGAGGUCAACCACACGUAUGCCUCGAGAGGCAUGUACCACAUUCGCCUGGAGGUCAACAACACUGUCAGCAGCACAGUGGCAGGUGUCAGUGUCCGCGUCUUUGAGGAGCUCCAUGGCUUGACUGUGAACCUGAGCCCAGCUGUGGAGCAGGGUGCACCUGUUGUGGUCAAUGCGACCCUGGAUUCGGGCGACAACGUCACAUGGACUUUCGACAUGGGGGAUGGCACAGUGCUCACGGGCCCCGAGGCCGUGGUGGAGCACGUGUACCUGCGGGCUCAGAACUGCACGGUGACCGUGGGCGCGUCCAGCCCCGCCGGCCGCCUGGCCCAGAGCCUGCCUGUGCAGGUCUUUGUCCUGGAGGUGCUGUGGAUCGACCCUGCAUUCUGCAUCCCCACCCAGCCCCACGCCCAGCUCAUGGCCCAUGUCACUGGGGACCCUGCUCACUUCGUCUUUGACUGGACCUUUGGGGACGGCUCAUCCAACACGACCGUCCAGGGGGACCCGACAGUGACUCACAACUUCACGCGCAGUGGCACAUUCCCCCUGGCGCUGGUCCUAUCAAGCCACGUGAACAAGGCGCAUUACUUCAGCAGUGUCUGUGUGGAGCCCGAGGUGGGCAACGUCACCCUGUGGCCCGAGAGGCAGUUCGUGCAGCUCGGGGAUGAGGCUGGGCUGGUGGCCCGUGCCUGGCCCCCAUUCCCCUACCGGUACACCUGGGACUUCGGCACUAAGGAUGCUGCCACCCGUGUCGGGGGCCCUGAGGCCACAUUUAUGUACCGGGACUCGGGUUCCUACCUGGUGACAGUCACUGUGUCUAAUAACAUCUCGGCCGCCAAUGACUCGGCGCUCGUGGAGGUGCAGGAGCCCGUGGAGCUCGCAGGCAUCAGGGUCAACGGCUCCCAUGUGCUGGAGCUGCAGCAGCCCUACCUGUUCUCCGCUGAGGGCCGCGGACACCCCGCCACCUACCUUUGGGAGCUGGGGGACGGCGGGCAGCUCGAGGGCCCCACAGUCACCCACGCCUACAACUGCACGGGCUACUUCACUGUCAGGGUGGCCGGUUGGAAUGAGGUGAGCCGGGGGGAGGCCUGGCUGAAUGUCACGGUACAGCAGCGCGUGCGGGGGCUCAGUGUCAAUGCCAGCCGCACAGUGGUGCCCCUGAACAGCAGCGUGAGCUUCAGCACUGUGCUGGAGGCAGGCAGCAACGUGCACUACUCCUGGGUCCUCUGUGACCGCUGUACACCCAUCCCCGGGGGCCCCACCAUCUCCUACACCUUUCGCUCCAUUGGCACCUUCAACAUCAUUGUCACGGCUGAGAACGAGGUGGGCACUGCCCAGGACAGCAUCUUCAUCUAUGUCCUGCAGCACAUCGAGGGGCUGCAGGUGGUGGGUGGCGGCAAUAGCUGCUGCUUCCCCACCAACCGCACGCUGCAGCUGCAGGCUGCGGUCCGGGAUGGCACCAACAUCUCCUACAGCUGGACUGCCCAGGCGGAUGGUGGCCCAACCCUCACUGGCAGCGGCAAAGCCUUCUCACUCACUGUGCUUGAGGCUGGCACCUACCACAUCCAGCUGCGGGCCACCAAUAUGCUGGGCAGUGCCUUGGCCAACCGCACUGUGGACUUUGUGGAACCUGUUGGGUGGCUGGCUGCGGCUGCCUCCCCAAACCCAGCUGCUGUCAACACAAGUGUCGCCCUCCGUGCUGAGCUGGCUGGUGGCAGUGGUGUCACUUACACCUGGUCUCUGGGGGAAGGGCUGAGCUGGGAGACCCCAGAGCCAUCCACCACCCUUGCCUUUCCCAGCCCCGGUCUGCACCUGGUCACAGUCAUGGCCAAGAACCAGCUGGGCUCAGCCAAUGCCACCAUUGAAGUGGCCGUGCAGGUUCCUGUGAGUGGCCUUAGCAUCAGGGCCGGUGAACUGGACUGCAGCUUUGUGGUAACCGGCUCCACCGUGCCCUUCUCAGGGCAGCUGGCCUUGGGCACCGAUGUGAACUGGUGCUGGGCCAUGCCGGGUGGCGACAGGCAUGGCCAGCACGUCACCAUGAUCUUCCCUGACGCUGGCACCUUCUCCAUUCAGCUCAAUGCCUCCAACACGGUCAGUUGGAUCAUAGCCACACACAACCUCACGGUGGAGGAGCCAGUCACGGGCCUGGUGCUGUGGGCCAGCAGUAAGGUGGUAGAGCCUGGGCAGCUGAUCCACUUUCAGAUCCUGCUGGCCACCGGCUCGGCUGUCAGCUUCCACCUGCAGGUGGGCGUGGCUGGCCUCGAGACACUUCCUGGGCCCCACUUCUCCCGAAGUUUCCCCCACGUCGGGGAAUACACAGUGAGUGUCCAGGCCAAGAACCACGUGAGCCGGGCGCAGGCGCAGGUGCGCAUCUCGGUGCUAGAGGCCGUGGCUGGGCUCCAGGUGCCCGACUGCUGUGAGCUGGCCAUCGCCACGGGCGCUGAGAGGAACUUCACGGCCCGGGUGCAGCGGGGGACCCGCGUUGCCUAUGCGUGGUACUUCUCCUUACAGAAGGUCCAAGGGGACUCACUGGUCAUCCUGUCGGGCCGUGAUGUCACCUACACCCCAGUGGCUGCAGGGCUGCUGGAGAUUCACGUGCGAGCUUUCAACGAGCUGGGCGGCGUAAACCGCACACUCAUGGUUGAGAUCCAGGAUGUCAUCCAGCAUGUGGUGCUGCGCAGCAGCCGCUGCUUCACCAACCGCUCGGCCCGCUUCGAGGCUGCCACCAGCCCCAGCCCCCGGCGCGUGGCCUACCGCUGGGAUUUCGGCGACGGGACCCUGGUUGAGGACACAGAGGUACCUUGGGCUGCCCACUCCUACCUGCAGCCUGGGGACUACCAAGUAGAGGUGAAUGCCUCCAACCUGGUGAGCUUCUUCGUGGCACAGGCCACAGUCACUGUCCACGUGUUGGCCUGCAGGGAGCCCGAGGUGGACGUGGCCCUGCCCCCGCAGGUGCUAAUGCGACGUUCCCAGCGCAACUACCUGGAAGCCCAUGUCGACCUGCGUAACUGUGUCACCUACCAGACUGAGUACCGCUGGGAGGUGUACCGUGCCACUAGCUGCCAGCGAUCUGGGCGCAUGACCCAUGUGACUCUGCCUGGUGUGGACGUGAGCCGGCCUCAGCUGGUGGUACCACGGCUGGCACUUCCCGUGGGCCACUACUGUUUCGUGUUUAUGGUGUCAUUUGGGGACACACCCCUUGCACGGAGCAUCCAGGCCAACGUGACCGUGGCCCCUGAGCGCCUGGUGCCCAUUGUUGAGGGUGGCUCCUACCGAGUGUGGUCAGACACUCAAGACCUGGUGCUGAAUGGCAGUAAGUCCUAUGACCCCAACCUGGAGGAUGGUGACCAGACGCCGCUCAGCUUCCACUGGGCCUGCGUGGCCUCGACACAGAGUGAAACUGGUGGGUGUGUACUGAACUUCGGGCCCCGUGGGAGCAGCGUGGUCACCAUCCCGCGGGAGCGCCUGCAGGCUGGCGUGGAAUACACCUUCAACCUGACUGUGUGGAAAGCCGGCCGGAAGGAGGAGGCCACCAACCAGACGGUGCUGAUCCGGAGUGGCCGGGUGCCCAUUGUGUCCUUGGAGUGCGUGUCCUGCAAGGCGCAGGCCGUCUAUGCUGUGAGCCGCAGCUCCUACGUGUACCUGGAGGGUCGCUGUGACAGCUGCAGCGGGGGCUCCACGCGAGGGCGCUGGGCGGCACGCACCUUUAGCAACGAGACGCUGGUGCUGGAUGAAACGACCACAUCCACGGGCAGCGCGGGCAUGCGGCUAGUGGUGCGGCGCGGCGUGCUCCGGGAUGGUGAGGGCUACACGUUCACGCUCACGGUGCUGGGCCACUCCGGCGAGGAGCAGGGCUGCGCCUCCAUCAGCCUCUCCCCCAACCGCCCUCCACUGGGGGGCUCCUGCCGCCUCUUCCCCCUCGAGGCCGUGCAUGCUCUCACCACCAAGGUGCACUUUGAGUGUGUAGGUUGGCAGGACGCGGAAGACGCAGGUGCUCCCCUGGUGUAUGCCCUGCUGCUGCGGCGUUGUCGCCAAGGCCACUGCGAAGAGUUCUGUGUCUACAAGGGCAGCCUCUCCACCUACGGGGCUGUGCUGCCGCCUGGCUUUGCGCCUCGCUUUGUGGUAGGCCUGGCUGUGGUUGUGCAGGACCAGCUGGGUGCAGCUGUGGUUGCACUCAACAACUCUCUGGCCAUCACUCUGCCAGAGCCCCCCAGAGACCCUGCCGACAGCCCCCGGGACCUCACACUCUGGCUGUACAGCCUCACAGAGAGCAUGCUGCCUGGGCUGCUGAGACAGGCCGACCCCCAGCACGUCAUCGAGUACUCACUGGCCCUCAUCACCGUGCUCAACGAGUACGAACAUACUCUGGCCAUGGUGGCAGAGCCGGACCUCAAGCAGCAGCUGCGUGCCCAGAUACGCAAGAAUAUCACAGAGACACUGGUCUCCCUGCGGGUCAACACCGUGGAUGACAUUCAGCAGGUCGCAGCUGCGCUGGCCCAGUGCACGGUGUCCAGCAGGGGGCUGCUGUGCCGCUCGUGCCUGAAGAAGACGUUGCAUAAGCUGGAGGGCAUGAUGCGCAUCCUUCAGGCGGAGACUGCCGCGGGCACCGGGACGCCCACUGCCAUUGCCGACAGCAUCCUCAACAUCACAGGCGACCUCAUCCACCUGGCCAGCUCAGACAUGCAGGGCCCGCAGCCAUCAGAGCUGGGGGCUGAGCUGCCAUCACUGAUGGUGGCAUCCAGGGCCUACCACCUCUCGUCAGCCCUCAUGUGCAUCCUCAUGCGCUCCCGUGUGCUCAACGAGGAGCCCCUGACCCUGGCGGGUGAGGAGAUUGUGGCGCAGGGCAAGCGCUCGGACCCGCUGAGCCUGCUGUGUCAGGGCAACGCCUCGGGCCCUGGCUGCCACUUUUCCAUCCCCACGGCCUUCAGUGGGGCCCUGUCCAACCUCAGUGAUGUGGUGCAGCUCAUCUUCCUUGUCGACUCCAAUCCCUUUCCCUUUGGCUACAUCAGCAACUACACCGUCUCCACCAAGGUGGCGUCCAUGGCCUUCCAGACACAGGCUGGUGCCCAGAUCCCUAUCAGGCAGCUAGCCUCAGAGCGUGCCAUCACGGUAAAGGUGCCCAACAACUCAGACCAGGCUGCCCACGGCCACCGCCUCCCUGCCGGCUCUGCCGUCAUCCAGCCCCAGGCCUCGGUCAGCGUUGUGGUCACCCCUGAGAACAGCAACCCGGAGGCCGGGCUGCACCUGCAGCUCACCUACACGGUGCUCAACGAGCUCUACCUGCCCGAGGAGCCCGAGCCCUUCCUGGCCGUCUACCUGCACUCAGUGCCCCAUCCCAAUGAGCACAACUGCUCAGCCAGCAGGAGGAUCAGCCCAGAGGCCCUGGCCGGGGACGACCACAGGCCCUACACCCUCUUCAUUGCCCCCGGGACAGGAGACCUGGGCAGGAGCUACUACCUGAACCUGACCAGCCACUUCCGUUGGUCAGCACUGGAGGUGUCUGUGAGUCUGUACACAUCCCUCUGCCAGUACUUCAGUGAGGAGGAGAUGGCGUGGCGGACAGAAGGGCUGCUGCCCCUGGAGGAGACCUCACCCAGCCAGGCUGUCUGCCUCACCCGCCACCUCACCGCCUUUGGCGCCAGCCUCUUUGUGCCCCCCAGCCACGUCCACUUUAUCUUCCCUGAGCCGGCCUCUGGCAUGAAUUACAUUGUUCUGCUGACAUGUAUAGUAUGCCUGGUAACCUACGCAGUCAUGGCUGGGAUUCUGCGUAAGCUGGACCAGCUAGACGUCCGCCGGGUCCGCGUCAUCCCUUUCUGUGGGAAGGGGGGCCGCUUCAAGUAUGAGAUCCUGGUCAAGACUGGUUGGGGCCGGGGCUCAGGUACCACAGCGCAUGUGGGCAUCAUGCUGUACGGGGCAGACAGUCGGAGUGGCCACCGGCACCUGGACGGGGACAGAGCCUUCCACCGCAACAGCCUGGACAUCUUCCAGAUUGCCACCCCGCACAGCCUGGGCAGUGUGUGGAAGAUCCGUGUGUGGCAUGACAACAAAGGACUCAGCCCCGCCUGGUUCCUGCAGCACGUCAUUGUCAGGGACCUGCAGAAUGCCCGCAGCACCUUCUUCCUGGUCAACGACUGGCUGUCGGUGGAGACUGAGGCCAACGGGGGCCUGGUGGAGAAGGAGGUGCUGGCAGCAAGCGACGCGACCCUGCGGAGAUUCAGGCGGCUCCUCGUGGCUGAGCUGCAGCGCGGCUUCUUUGACAAGCACAUUUGGCUUUCAAUAUGGGACCGGCCGCCUCGGAGCCGCUUCACUCGUGUCCAGAGGGCUACAUGCUGUGUCCUCCUCAUCUGCCUCUUUCUGGGUGCCAAUGCUGUGUGGUAUGGCGUUGUGGGAGAUGCUGCCUACAGCCUGGGGCCUGUGUCCAAUCUGAUCCCACUGAGCUUCGAUACAGUCGCUGUUGGCCUGGUGUCCAGCGUGGUUGUCUACCCCGUCUACCUGGCCAUCCUGUUCCUCUUCCGGAUGUCCCGGAGCAAGGUGGCUGGGGGUCCGAGCCCCACCCCCAUGGGGCCACAGGCACUGGAUGUGGACAGUUGCCUGGACUCGUCUGUGCUGGACAGCUCCAUCCUUGCGUUCCCAGGACUCCGUGCAGAGGCCUUUGCUGGACAAGUGAAACAGGACUUAUUUCUGGAGGAUUCUAAAAGCCUGGUGUGCUGGCCAUCCAGCGAAGGCACGCUCAGUUGGCCAGACUUGCUGAGUGACCCAUCUGUCAUGGGCAGCACCCUGCAGCGUCUGGCCCGGGGCCAGAUGGGCUGCACACUGGGCCCAGAGGAGGACAGUGUCUCCCUGGUCAGUCCCUCCUCCCCUGCCAAAUACUUCUCAGCUUCAGAUGAAGACCUGAUCCGGCAGAUCCUGGCUGAAGGGGUCAGUAGCCUGGUCCCUACCCAGGACACUCUGGGAGAAACGGACCUGCGCACUGGCCUGUCCAGCACUCCCGGGGACAGGACUCAGACGCUGGUGCUGCAGAAACUGGGGGAGAGGGGGCCGCCCAGUCCGGGCCUGACAUGGGAGCAGCCCCAGUCAGCCAAGCUUUCCAGGACAGGGCUGGUGGAGGGUCUGCGGAAGCGACUGCUGCCUGCUUGGUGUGCUCCCCUGGCUCAUGGGCUCAGCCUGCUCCUGGUGGCCGUGGCCGUGGGGGUGUCGGGGUGGGUGGGUGCCAGCUUCCCCCCCAGUGUGUCCGUCAUGUGGCUCCUCUCAAGCAGCUCCAGCUUCCUGGCCUCAUUCCUCUGCUGGGAACCGCUCAAGGUCCUGCUGGAAGCCCUAUACUUCUCACUGGUGGCCAAGCGGCUGCACCCCGAUGAGGAUGACACCCUGGUGGAGAGCCCGGCUGUGACGCCUGUGAGCGAGCGUGUGCCCCGAGUGCGGCCACCCCAUGGCUUUGCACUCUUCCUGGCAAAGGAGGAAGCCCGAAAGGUCAAGAGGCUGCAUGGGAUGUUGAGGGGCCUUCUGGUGUACAUGUUCUUCCUGCUGGUGACGCUGCUGGCCAACUAUGGGGACACCUCAUGCCACAGCCAUGCCUACCACCUGCAGAGUGCCAUCAAGCAGGAGCUGGACAGCCGGGCCUUCCUGGCCAUCACCCGGUCUGAUGAGUUCUGGCCAUGGAUGUCCCAUGUACUGCUCCCCUACAUCCACGGGAACCAAUCUAGACCAGAGCUGGGGCCCCCACGACUACGGCAGGUGCGGCUGCAGGAAGCUCUUUGCCCAGACCCUCCUGGCUCAGGGGCGCUCACAUGCUCGGCAGCCUCAGGGAGCUUCAGCACCGGUGACUAUGGCAUUGGCUGGGGGAGUGCUGCCCAUAACGGCUCUGAGACAUGGGCCUACUCGGCACCGGACCUGCUAGGCGUCUGGUACUGGGGCUCCUGUGCUGUGUAUGACAGUGGGGGCUACGUGCAGGAGCUGGGGCCCAGCCUAGAGGAGAGCCGCGCGCAGCUGGGCUUCCUGCAGCUGCACAACUGGAUAGACAACAGGAGCCGCGCCGUGUUCGUGGAGCUCACGCGUUACAGCCCGGCCGUGGGGCUGCACGCCUCAAUCACGCUGCGCCUUGAGUUCCCCGCCGCCGGACAUGCCGUGGCGGCCCUCAGCGUCCGCCCGUUCGCCCUGCGGCGCCUUAGCGCCGGCCUCUCGCUGCCACUGCUCACCUCGGUGAGCCUGCUGCUGUUCGCGGUGUAUUUCUCGGGGGCCGAGGUACGUGCCUGGCGCCGGGAGGGGCGCGGGCGUGCGGCGCGGCCUGGGACCUGGGCACGGUGGCUGCUGGUGGCGCUGACGGCAGCCGCUGCGCUGGUGCGCCUGGCCCAGUUGGGCGCCGCCGACCGCCAGUGGACCCGCUUCCUGCGCCGCCGCCCUCGUCGCUUCACCAGCUUCGAACAGGUGGCACAGCUGAGCGCCGUGGCCCGCGGCCUGGCGGCCUCACUGCUCUUCCUGCUUUUAGUCAAGGCCGCCCAGCAGCUGCGCUUUGUGCGCCAGUGGUCGGUUUUUGGCAAGACACUGUGCCGCGCCCUGCCAGAGCUCGCGGGGGCAGCCUUGGGCCUGGUGGUGCUUGCCGUGGCCUACGCCCAGUUGGCUGUUCUGUUGGUCUCCUCCUGUGUGGACUCCCUUCGGAGCGCAGCUCGGGCCCUCUUGGUGCUGUGCCCAGGUGCUGGGAGUCCCGCCCUGUGCCCUGCCGAGUCCUGGCGCCUGUCCCCCGUGUUGUGCACCGGGCUCUGGGCCCUGCGGCUGUGGGGUGCCCUGAGGCUGGGGGCAGUCCUUCUGCGGUGGCGGUACCACGCUCUGCGGGGGGAGCUCUACCGCCCAGCCUGGGAGCCGCAGGACUACGAGAUGGUGGAACUGUUCCUGCGCAGGCUGCGCCUCUGGAUGGGCUUCAGCAAGGUUAAGGAGUUCCGCCACAAAGUCCGCUUUGAAGGGAUGGAGCCAUUACCCUCCCGCUCAUCUAGGGGCUCCAAGUCUUCUCCGGACAUGCCCCCACACAGUGGGGGCUCCGAUGCUUCUCGCCCCUCCACCUCCUCCAGCCAGCUGGACGGGCUGAGCGUGAUCACGGGCCUGGGCCGGCCAGGGCCCCGAGGGGAGCCAGAGCCUGAGCCCUCCCGCCUCCAAGCUGUGUUUGAGGCCUUGCUGGCCCAGUUCGACCGACUCAACCAGGCCACGGAGGACGUCUACCAGCUGGAACAGCGGCUGCAGAGCCUGCGUGGCCUCAGGAACAGUGGGCCCCCAGCUUCCACUCCCACCUGCCCCCUCCCAGGCCUGCGGCCAGCCCUGCCCAGCCGCCUGGCCCGGGCCAGUCGAGGGGUUGGCCUGACUACAGGCCCCAGCAGGGUGUCCCUGCGGGCAAAGAACAAGAUCCACCCCAGCAGCACUUAGCCUCUGGGCAUCUGGGCUCAUGCCUCUUCCCUGGGGUGGGCCUGUGACUUUACUCCGGCCCCUCAGAGCCAGAGCAGACGCCGCUUAGUAUUAUUAUCUUCUGCCACCCUCCAGGUUUCGGGCCAGGCAGAACAGCUGCACACAGGUCCCUCAGAGAAUGGACAGCACUUGUCUGUCUCUCUGUGGGCUUCAGCACUUUAAAGAGGCCACGUGGCCAGCCAGGACCCAGGGUCCCCUCCUCAGUUCCCUGUGGGAGGACACAGCAGUAUUGGACUGAGUGCCCAGCCUCUGAGAUGCUAAUUUAUUUCCCAAGUCCUCAGGUACAGCGGGCUGUGCCCGGCCCCACCUUCUGGGCAGACAUCUAUCUCCCCUUGCUAAGGAUCCAGGCUGUGGGGAGGGAAUCUGCACUUCCUGUUAUCCUCCCCCUAAAUUAUUACCUCCUGCCCCCUUGCUGAGUGCACUCACUUCCAGCCACCGCUGUGUGUCUAUUGUCAGUAAUUUAUGUGGGGUUAAAAUGUAUAUAUUUUUGUACGUCGCUUUUUUUCAGUAGGGUCAAGGGGCUUGGUGGCUGAACCAACCUGCACCCACUGUCACCCACAGCGAGGGGGAGCUGGGACUGCAGAGCUGGCCUUCUUCCCCAGACACCUGCCUUUAUGGCUGGGGAAGCAACAGCUGCUUCUUGGAACCAAGUCUGGCCUUGGGCAGGUGGGGCUGUUGGAUGGGCACCAUCACCACUGUGGCCUUAUUUUCCUGCCCUGCCCAAGGUGGGGCAGGGAGAAGGAAGGCCUAGGCCUGCUGGUGUCAGGUCUGGGGGAGGGGCAGGGCCCGUGCAUGGCACAGGACCCCAGGGUAGGUAGGGGGAAAGACCUCCCCCCGGGAGCUGGCUCUCGGGCCAGGAGAGGUGAGUGUGACAGUGCAUGUGUGAGAACCCACAUGGUGACACGUGAGGCUUUCCUGAGGGUGAGGCCCCACCAGCAGCCAGAGAGGCCACUGCCCUUGUCCAGUGGGCAUGGCCAAAGCUAAAGCCUUAAUCCCGCCCUGUCCCCCAACAGACGAAGUCAAAUAAAUGAGUUGGCUGACUUGA